AUGGAUUAUUGUACAAACUCUUCAUGUACCAGUGUUCUAACGUUUCUCUGCUACAAAAUGGGGAUAGUCAUGUCGCACUCGGAGUCGGUAUCUCCCCUGCGUUCUUCCCCAUCGGCUCCCAGUCCCCAUACGCAAUCCCUGCGAAGAUCAACGGGGAAAAAUCAAAAUCUACAUGCUCACACUUAUAGUGUCAGGGAGAGAUCUGUGUCGGAGGUCUUGCACUAUGAAACAGACUCGUAUGCACGAUUACUUCAAAUGAAUCAAUGCUACGAAGCAAUGCCUACAUCAAGCAAAAUGGUUGUAUUUGAUACAGAAAUGGUGCUGUGGAAAGCCUUUAAUGGGCUGGUUUAUCAGAACACACGGCACGUAUUGUUAUCCAAUGGACAACGUGGUGGAUUAAUUACGGGUAUUCUCUCAGUGACAGAUUUUAUACGGGUUAUGCUAAGGCUACACAGGGAGCGAGCACGGUCCGAUGCCUUGGCUGAGGAAAAGGGUGAUAUAGGAAAAUUGACAAUUCAAAAAUAUAGAGAAUUAGUUCAAAAGGAAGGAAAACUAAAAGAUCUGGUUUCGAUCAAUGCAAAUAACAGUUUACUGGAAGCAGCUCGAUUACUUGCCGAACAUCGUAUACAUCGGUUACCUGUUCUUGAUCCCGAGUCUGGUAGCCCACUUUUCAUCCUUACUCAUAAACGACUACUCAAAUUUCUCUGGUGCUUUGGUCAACAGUACUCUCAACCCGAUUUCCAUAUUCGUACAGCAAAAGAUCUGAAUGUAGGCACAUGGGUUGGCAUACGUGUGGUUUUUCCUGAUACUCCAUUAACCGACUGCCUUGAUAUCCUCUUGAACAAAGGUGUGUCAGGUGUUCCUGUUGUUGAGCGAGACACAUUCAAAGUCGUCGACAUGUAUUCUCGGUUUGACGCCGUUGGCAUCGCUCUGGAAGAGAAAGCGAACAGCUUGGAAGUCACCGUCCAAGAAGCACUAAAAUUCAAAAAUCUUGGAAGAAACGAAAACGACCGAGUAGUUUCUGUGCGGGAUACGGACACGCUAUGGAAAGCCAUAACAGUUUUAGUAGAGCGAAAUGUCCAUCGUCUCUGCGCCGUCAAUGAAAAUGGCGCUAUUGAGGGAAUAAUCUCAUUGUCUGAUGUGAUAAACCAUAUGGUGGUCAAGCCGGGUGCAAAUCUGAAGCCCAUAAAAGUACCUCGACGACAUUAUUCGCAUCACCCAUUUGAAUUCAAUGAUAAGGAACUGCGGCAUCGUCUUCAUGACAGUGCUACAUUGUUAGAAGAUACAGCUACUGGAAAACUUCGAAAAGGACUUAGUGACAUGAGUAUACGUUGAUUAUAAGACAGACCUCAUAGGAAAUGAUUUUAUUGCUUUCUAAAAAGAUUGAUCUGCAAUCCCAACGAGUGAUUCGAUACAGCUAGAAUCUGACCUCCUCGUUUACUCGAUUAGGCUUCUCAAACUGCUCAUAUGUCGCCCUAUCUGAACUUUCAAUUUGAUCCCUUUUUGGAUGUGCGAUUUUUUUGUUCUUAAGCCAUCCUAUGUGCCAAGAUAUAGAUCUUUACAACUCUGCAAAUAUGAUGAUGUACAGCCUUAUUACUCUUUCACACAUAGGAACAACUAAUAGAGUACAACUGAAGUUACAAUGAUGAUUUGUUUAUGUCUGUUAUUUAAACUGCUGAAAAUUCAACGAAAAUGACCAAAC